UUUAAGAAUAUAUAUAAAUAAAAUGGCUGAUGAAAAAAGUGGCAUCAAGCAACGAUUACGAUCAAGCACAUCACAUGAUGAAUCUGAAAUAAAGCCUGAAAAUGAACCAUCUACACCAAAAUUAAAGAAGUCACAAUCUGAAGAUUUUGCCAAAUUAAUAGCAGACAUGAAUCCCAGGUGGAAGAAUUGGUGGAUUCGUGGCAUAUUCACGUUUGUGUUACUAGCUGGCUUUGCUGUAGUUAUUUAUUUUGGACCAAAAGCCAUGUUAUUAUUAAUAGUUGCAAUUCAAGUUAAAUGUUACCAUGAAAUUAUAUCUGUGGGUCAUCAAAACUACAAGAAGUACAACCUUCCAAUGUUUCGCACACUUAGUUGGUAUUUUCUUGGCAGUACAAAUUACUUCUUUUAUGGUGAAAUAACUGCUGAAUACUUUGCAGAGUUUCUUCAGAGAGAGGAACUGUUUAAAUUUUUGCUCAGAAAUCACAGACUUAUCUCCUUUGCAUUAUAUACAAUUGGUAUAAUGUUCUUUGUGUUAAGUUUGAAGAAAAAUUAUUAUAAAGUUCAGUUUGCAUUGUUUGGCUGGUACCAACUUACCUUGCUUAUUGUGCUGACACCUUCACAUUUAAUCAUUCAAAAUAUGCUGACAGGAUUGAUCUGGUUUUUCUUGCCGGUUUCUAUGGUAAUCUGUAACGACAUAUUUGCGUACGUGUUUGGUUUCUUCUUUGGGAAAACAAGGUUAAUCAAGUUGUCACCUAAGAAAACAUGGGAAGGAUUUAUGGGUGGUUUCUUUGCAACUGUCCUUUAUGGUCAAAUAGUUUGUGAGUUAAUGUGUCAGCAUCAAUACUUUCACUGUCCCCCACAAUUUAACGGUACAUCACUGAAAUUUGCGAUGGAGUGCACCGCCUCACCUACCUAUCAGCUUUCCCAUCAAUUCACUUUGAACCCUACUAUCCAACAUGUAUUUGGUAGUCUACCUGGUGUGUUGAGUGAAGGCAUUGCAUCUGUGUUAUCGAUUCUUGGUAUUCAUUUAACAUCAAAUUUUUCCGAAGUGUGGAUGUAUCCAAUGAUAUGGCAUGGAAUUGUACUGGCCUGCUUCAGUUCACUGAUUGCGCCGUUUGGUGGUUUCUUUGCCAGUGGAUUCAAGAGGGCGUUUAAAAUCAAGGAUUUUGGGGACACCAUUCCAGGCCACGGAGGUAUCAUGGAUAGAUUUGAUUGCCAGUAUUUGAUGGCAACAUUCGUCAACGUAUACGUUGCUAGCGUCAUCAGAGCGUACAAUCCUCAUAAACUUCUUCAACAAGUCAUGUUUAUGGAGAAAGAAGAUCAAAUCCAGUUUUACAACAAACUUCAAUACACCUUAUCAUCACAAGGCCUUAUCUGAUUGGUUGCUUAUAAUUGAAGAGUCUAUUUGAUUGGCUGAUAAUGCCAUCAAUGACGUGUUUGAUUGGUUUACGCAUUGGAAAACUAUUUGUGCACUUCUAUGUAAAGUUUGGCUUUAAUAUUACAGCGUUUGAAAACAAUAGUGUCAUGCAGAUCAUUCUAUGUGUAGAAGAACAAUAUUGUCCGUUUUAGAAAAUAGUAUAACUUUAAAAAUACACUUUUCAUUUUUAUUUCAUAUUUGUCACAAAUGCCUUCCUAAACAGCUGUGUCAUAUUUCUAUAUUUUGACAGCAUUUUGACCAAUUUUCAUGGAAGUUAUACUUAUUUGGAUAACAUCUAAUGUAAACCUGUUAAAGAGAUCAGAUUAAAAUUAUCUUGAAAAACUUGUUAACAUAUUUAAGACUAGACCAGGGACCACUUUAUGUAAAGUGCACCUUAACAAGUUUUGAUUGAGAGUUAGAUCUUAGAAUUUUUUUUCUUAUUCUAUAAAACUAGUCGUUAGCCCGUGGAAAAAUCCAUCGUCCGUCGCAGCUAAGCUACCAUUUUGCGUGACAGACAGGCAGACGGACGGACGGACGGACGGAAAGACGGAAAGACGGAAAGACGUAUACGGGCAUUAUAAUAUAGAUAUAUCAGAAGAAAAUUAUGUCAUUUGGUUAAAGAUAUUUAAUAAUAAUUAUUAAGAAACAAACGCAUCGGUUUUUCAACCUAGAAAAUUAAACGCCUGUAAGUUACUAUGGGGCGUCUAUUUAAGGGCGUGUUGGUUGGAACUGCUGUAUUUGUUCCUUCGAAAACUUGUGCUACAUGUAUAUUGUAUGUAAAAUAAGUGUAUAAAAUUUUUGUGUAUGGAUAUACGUGUGCAAACGUAUUAGUUGUCAAGUUUGAUUCACAAUCGGAACAUAUUUUAGAUUUUCAUGUGAUACUUUAUUGUUAUUUAUUUGUAGUGUAAUCGAUGUUUUGGUUUGUCUUCAGAUGUUUUUACUUUUUUUAAGUCUUAUGAGAAUUGCUUUAGGGAAAGUGUUUAAAAGAAGAGUACUGAUGUGGUAUAUAGAAUACAGUGAGAACUCUUUUAUGGUGUGACCUCUGCGUAAUUCGCUGGUGAUUUUUUAUUAUGUAUUUUAUUCUUAUUUUUUGUAACUAUUUAUCUCUAGUUCAUUUUUAUUUCAAUAAUAACCUGUUUA